GGGAGUGUGCCUACUGCAAAGUGGAUGAGGUAAACCUCAACUGCCAUUUUCUAGGACGUAUCCGAACCCGAGAAUUAUGCUCGGAGACUUCUGCUGCUUCCGGUCCCGGAGCUCCGGCAAGGACGCCGGCGUGUCAGAUCGGGACCCGGUGCUUCUGGUGUCCGGGAUUGGGGGCUCCAUGCUCCAUUCAAAGUGGAAGAAAUUCGGGUUCCAGACUCGGGUCUGGGUACGGCUCCUUCUUGCCGACAGGGAGUUUAAGAAGAAGCUCUGGUCAGUGUAUAAUCCCCGAACAGGUUAUACAGAGUCAUUAGAUGAUGGUACCGAAAUUGUGGUCCCCGAAGACGAUUAUGGAUUGUAUGCAAUUGAUAUUUUAGAUCCCUCAGCUAUUGUAAAAUGCCUACACUUGACAGAGGUAUACCAUUUUCAUGAUAUGAUUGAUAUGCUUAUUGGAUGUGGGUAUAAGAAAGGAACCACAUUGUUUGGAUAUGGUUAUGACUUUCGGCAAAGCAACAGGAUUGAAAAGUUAAAGGAUGGCUUUAAAGAAAAGUUAGAAACUGCAUACAAAGCUGCCAGUGGAAGAAAAGUCAAUAUAAUUUCACACUCAAUGGGUGGAUUACUAGUGAUGUGUUUCAUAUCUCUCCAUAAUGAUGUUUUUUCCAAGUACGUAAAUAAGUGGAUUUGUAUCGCUUGUCCUUUUCAAGGUGCACCGGGAUGCAUCAAUGAUUCGCUCCUAACUGGAUUGCAGUUUGUUGAAGGCAUUGAAAGCUACUUCUUUGUAUCAAGAUGGACAAUGCAUCAACUGUUGGUUGAGUGCCCCUCAAUCUAUGAAAUGCUGCCAAAUCCCGACUUCAAAUGGAAAAAGCAACCUGAGAUUCAGGUCUGGCGAAACCAAUCUGAGGAUGGAGAAAAUUCUACCAAAUUGGAAUCCUAUGGUCCAACUGAAAGUGUGAUUCUGUUUGAAGAGGCAUUAAGGCACAACAAGCUAAAUUAUCAAGGGAAAACAGUAGCUCUACCAUUUAAUUUCUCUAUUCUUAAAUGGGCUUCUGGCACUCGCCAAAUUCUCAAUAAUGCUCAACUACCAAAGGGGGUGUCUUUCUACAAUAUUUAUGGAACCUCAUUUGAUACACCUUUUGAUGUUUGCUAUGGUUCAGAAACCUCUCCGAUUGAGGACUUGUCAGAAGUAUGCCACACUGUUCCACAGUACUCUUACGUGGAUGGAGAUGAUUCUGUUCCUGUUGAAUCAGCAAAGGCGGAUGGCUUCUCUGCUACUGAGCGGGUAGGAGUUGCUGCUAGUCAUCGGGAACUAUUACGCAACAAAACAGUUUUCCAGCUCAUUAAAAAGUGGUUAGGAGUGGAGCUAAGCACCGAUCAACUGAAAACUGCCAAAGUGAUGGAUGCUAUUUUACAAUAAUUCCUCUGUUUUCUGUACAAUGCCCGGAUGCCGAUGAUACCCACCACCGUGCGGGGAGCAAUUGCCAAUUUGAGUUUCCUAAAUCAAGUGCUUCCUUUGUGUAUUUAGAGCUUCUGAGUUCUGAUUCUUCUUCAAGUUAUUUGACAAUUAAUGGACUAAUAUUUAACGGAUUGAACAAUUUGGGCUGCAACACAAACCUAUGUUACCUUGAUUCAGAUUAAGAGGGAGAACUCACUAAAAGUGUUCAAGUAGUUCACUGAUCGCUGAACAGAAUGGUUGGAAAGUGGAGGUUUAUACUCUCGGUAGAUGUAAAAAUAUAUUACAUACAACUAUAGUUCAGUUCGACUUUAGAAAUUAUGUGGGAUAAAGGCUUAUUAUAUUAUCUUGUAAAUAAUUUUAUGGAUUCA